AUGAUGGACAAGUUUAAGACGGUCUUGAACAUCGCCAACCAACAGUCCAGCCUCGGGUUUGGGGUUGUGGCCCUGCUGACGGCCGGAGGGGAGCAGAUCUUCUCCACGGUGGUCUUCAGGUGUCCCUGCAACUCAUACUUCAACUUUGUUUACGGAAUGGUGUUCUUGCUGGUGCCCGCUUUGGCCCUGCUGCUGCUUGGGUACAUCCUCAGUAAGAAGACCUGGAAGCUGAUCACAGGUCUGUGCCGGUCAGGAGAGCGAUCGUGCGGGUGCAAGAAGAUGUCUACAGCCGUGUACGUCCUUUUCCAGAUCAGCAUUUCUGCGCUGGUGGCCCCGUCCUCCUGGAUCGCUGUGGCUCUGCUCAGCGGGAACUACUUUGAGUGCGCAAUGACCGGGACCAACGUAAACAGCUACUAUAGCCACCUGUGUGAAGGCACGUCUGAUGCGGUGAAAUGUCAGGAGGAGCUGUUCAGGUUCCCCUGUGGGCAGGAGAAGGAGGUUCCGGAGGCUGACCGGGAUAAAGUGUUGCUCACUCUCAGGGCUCACUCUCAGGUCAGUAAAUGCACCUCUGAUUGCGUGUAAACACACCACUGACAACGAGGAAACUUGAUCAUUACAUUCAACAUGAGCAUGAAAGAAAAAUCAUAGCACACAGGUAAAAACAGUGGGGUCGACAUUGUAUGAUAACCCUUUCAAUAUCACAGUGAAGACAUAUUUUUCACUUCAGCUGCAUAGCAGUGAAAAAAGGAGAACUAAAAGUGAACAAGGGGAAACACUGAGAGGAACAGAAACGGGUUCAAAACACAAUCUGCUAACUGUGGAGAAAAAAGGAGGUUACAUGUUCUGUAUAUGAGGGUGUGGGCGCUUGUUAUUGUCUGCAGCACUGCAACACUGAUCGAUCUCAAACCUGGUGGAAAGUCAGCGUGUCUAGAAGUUUCACUAAUUAAAUAAAUAAAUACAUAAAUAGUAGGGCUGUCAAACGAUUACAAUUUUUAAUCGAGUUAACCACAGCUUAAAAAUGAAUUAAUAGUAAUUAAUUGCAAUUCAAACUAUCUCCAGAAUAUGCAAUUUUUCUGUGAAUUAUUGUUGGAAUGGAAAGAUAAAUGACACAAGAUAUACACAUUCAACACACUUUACAUAUGAACUGUAUUUAUUUAUUAUAACAAUAAAUCCACAUGAGAUGGCAUUAAAAUUAUUAAUGUUCUUUUUUUCUGUAGUAGACAGUAUUUUUUUUCUCUCUGCAAAAACAAAAACACAUAAGGGCCUCUUUUGUUCAGUAACAGAAAAUGGUAUUUUUUCCCCUUUUCAAACUAGCGCAACAUGGCCUCUGCAGUAAAAAACAUCAGGCUAAAUCUACCUGCUUCUGUUUUGAGCUUCAUCAUAUAAAUCAAAUGUUUCCUCUGCUGUGUGCAAACAAAGUGUGUGUGUGUAGUGUACACAUUUGAAUGUGGCCCUCUUCUCUACUCAUCCUCUAGCCAGUCGCUGAGGCAAACCAACUUAUUUACAUUUUCUGAGAGUAAAGCUGCCCUCCUCUUGUUCACAAUGUGACCUGCAACUGAGAAGAGUCUUUCACAUGGAACCGAGGAUGCAGGAGCAGCUAGAUAUUUACGAGCCAGUGGGCCCAGCUUCUCAUGGGCCCCUGCAUGAGAUGACCACCACCGCAAGGAACAGUCCUUCAUAUCAAUUGUGGGCUCUGCUCUGUACCUCAGUAUGGCUCUGUCAGCCUGUACCUCCUCCUCAGAUUCAGAAUCUGAGCCCAGCUUUAGAAGAAGGGUCAUUUUCUUCUUGGGUGGCCCAUCUUCAGAAGUCUGAGAUCUUCUGGGUGAUUUGUCUCACAGCAUGGCUCCAAGUGUGGUCCACAACUCUUCUCUCUCUGUCUUGGGCAGGCUCUUUAACUCUUUAAAACGUGGAUCCAAUGCUGUUCCAAUCUUGAGCCAUGCAUGGUUGAGGUGUUCUUGGCGAGAGGCUAGGUUGUCCUCGAAUUUAUCCUUGAACUUCACCACAUACGCAGGGUCCUCUUCAGAGACUUCCAUUUUAUAGUGCAAGUGACGGAGGGCAGGCAAUACCAUGGAGCAGGAGACGUAGGCCUCUCCACCAGGGAGCUCAGUUACAUACCUGCAGUGAUACACACACACACACACACACACACACACACACACACACACACACACACACACACACACACACACACACACACACACACACACACACACACACACACACACAAAGAGACAGAGAGAAAAGAAAAGUAAAUAACUUGAACACAACUUGUAAGAUUAAUGUUUAAUAUUCAUUUGUUUCAUUUAAUUUCAGCUACAAUGAAUGGUCACAUUAUAUAUUCAUUUGAUUAAUUUUGUUUCAGCCUACAAUCUACUAUGAAUGGUCACAUUAUAUCAGUGAUUUUGGGGACUCUCUGGCUUCCUUUUAGGUGGUAUAAAUUGCCCCUUACAAGUCUGUGACAGUGUACAUUUAUAGGCUACACUAUCAGAGUUAUAAGAGGAGACCUUGAAAUUUUAAAGUUUGAGAACCACUGCAUUAUAUAAUGGCAUGCUCACUGGCAGGGCUCUAGAAGGGUCUCAAGUCUCUGGAUUUGUCCCAUUCUGCUGGCGUCAGCAUAACAAGCUUGUGCUGCUGUUGGUCCAGGGUGGUGUUUAUUGCUGCUUGAUUGCGUGUCAUGCGCAGAACCAUUUCCAAUGUAGAAUUCAAGUGCGUUUUAACAUCCUGGGUCAGUGGCUCCUCUUUCUGUUUCCUCUCCUUUUGCUCUGCAUUCAGCUCCGCUAGGUUCCCUGGGCUAUGCUUGAAAUGACCCACAAUUUUGCGACACUUGGCCAACGCACUGUCAAACGCACCAUCAGCGAGACUCACAGUGAUGCUUCGCUGUAUGAUGUGGGCAAUACAGGGCAUGUGGUCGUAUGGUAGAAUGCGAGCCGCGGCUGUCAUAUUACGUGCACUGUCCGUCCCAAUGCAUGUAACUUUUCCUUCAAUAGCCCACUUGCGUGCUACAGUUCUGAACUGUUCAACACAUGGCGACGCGAAAUGACGUUCCUCUGUUUUCAUUACAGUUAGUGCAAAUGAGUCAAGUUCCCAUGUUUUAGUGAUAUGAUGUGCAGUCACUCCCAGGUAAUUAGUGCUACAAACUGAGGUCCAGUGGUCUUCUGUCAGGGCGACACAGCCUCCUCUUUCUUCUUUUUUCUUGGUCUCAUAAAGAAUGCUCGUCCUAUUCAUUAUUGUGCCUCUUGCUGGUGGCUUGUAGGAUGGGUCAAGGGACGCUACUCUCAAUGUUUUAGUGAAGCCCUUAUCUUCAACUAUGCUAAUCGGUCUACAGUCCAUUGAAACCCACUCGGCAAUUGUGUUGGUUAAUUUCUCCAAGGUGGAAUUGCUCAUUGGCCUGCGUUCGGUUAAAGUGGUCUGCCACAAGCCAAGUGUAGCACUGGAACUGGAAGCCCCAACAAACGCAUGCUUAGCGUUGAGAUGGUACUUUAAGCUUGAAUAGCUGCGGUGGAACUGGAACUCCUUCUCGCAAUGAGUGCAAAUCACUACCUGCUCAUUUAUUGUUCCAUCUGUAUUCUUUUUAAACUUGAAUCUCCCAUCCAGAGGGCCAACCUGCUCUUUUUCCAUGUUUACAUUUACACUCAUGUAUCGGCUCUGCUGCUCACUGCACUUCUGAGUGGGAUUAUGGGAUGCAUGGGUGGGUCAUUAUGCGCAUGUGUCAAAUGCGUUAAAGAUUUUAACACGACUAAUUACAAAAAUUAAUUACCGCCCUUUAACACGAUAAUUUUGACAGCAGUAAUAAAUUAAUAAUAAUUGUUUAUGUUAUGCAAAUGUGGCACAUGAUCGUUUCUGCUGUGCAGAGUGAUUCUUUCAAAAAUAUGAUGAGCAAUGCCUUGACAUAACUCUUACAGUGGUCUGUGUAUUCUGUGAGUGAAGGGUGCUACACACUGAGGGCUUAUUAAAGAAAUAUGAGACCUACGAACAUGGAAAUUUGAGUAUGACUCAUUAAAACGUUCCAAAUUUGCACAAUGUGCACAAAAAUGGAACUCAAGAAGUGAAUUCUGUGAACAGCACAGUACUGCUGAUCUUUCACAGUCACAUUUGAUUUUAGGAACUCAAGUCCACACAUUCAGUGUUUGGAGGGUUAAUGUUGUUUUGUUGUCAGGCUCAUAAGUCUGUUGAGCAAACACAGGAAAACCACUUCCUGUUGUCAGAGACUUUCACAUCAGGUGGCUGAAAUCUGACUUACCCUUGAAGGUGAUCUCUGUAAAAUCUGUCAUUGCUGUAAAACAGACAUGAAAACAUGGAAACAAGUCACUUUUUGAAAGUUCAAGACAAGUUUAAAGUUCCUGAGUGAGGGUCAAGUUUGAAGCCUCUGGGGUGCAGCAGCAAAUCUCAGUCAAGCCUCUCAUGGUUUUGAUUCAUAAAAUAACCAAAACCAAAAGAACCCGGGGGCUCUCUUGAUUGUGAACGUAUACAUUACUACAUUUAUUCCACAUCAUGUUAUACAAUAAUAUUAGGUCUGUUUAAAUACAUGAAUUGUAAUUGUUGAUAUUAAUCCAAAAUAUCAGAAAGCUUCUCCUGACUAUCACAUGAAGAUUAUAUGUACUUCAAACAUGUGUUUAUGCUCCUCAUUAGUCUUUUGUCUGCCUGUGUAUCUCCUUCAGUCUUCCCCUUCUACUAUCAGCGAUCAAGGUGACUUCAGCCUCUCACAGCCCAGGGCUGAUAACCUUUUCUUCUCUUUGCAUUGGCUGGCUGCACACACACUCACCCCACUCACACUUACACAUGCAGGCAGACAUACACAAAGCUAAAGAAGUGUCAUCCUGCCACCCAUCAUCCUUAACUGUAGUUAACCCUGCCAUGAUCAGAGGCUCUCUGAAACUUCCCUGUUGCUUCUGCACUCAAACGUGAAGGAGGGCCAUGGGAAAAGGGAUCGGGAGUGGAGGACAGAAUGCUGAUGGGCAGCAGGAAAUAACAAAAAUGAAGAAGAAGAGUAAAAAUGACAGAGAAGAAUGUAGGUUCAGGUGUGAGGUAAAAAUGAAGAGAGCAGGAAACAGAAUUCUGAUUUUAAUUUCAGAAUUCAGACCCUAAUCUCAAAACUCUGACUUUACUCUAAAAAUCCUGAUUUAAAUCUCAGAAAUCUGAUGUCAAACUUCAAAUUCUACUUCAGGUUCAUAAUUGUAAAACCUCUCUAAAUCUUCCUUCAUGAUUCGAAGGAAUUUAAUAAAUGACUGAGGGAUCUCAAUUUUCUGCUGUCUUUUUGGUGUCCACAGAUUCUGGGCUGGCUCCUCAUCGCCUCCAUCAUGUUGUUCAACCUGCUUUUGACCUGCCUGGGCCGUUGCACCUCUCCAAUCAGCUACCUGCAACUCAAGUUCUGGAGGGUCUACGCCCGGGAGGAAAGCUGUCUGAUCGACUCUUACACCACCAAACAUGCCAAAGAGCUUGCUGAGAGGAACGUGAUGAGCUUCUUUACUAUGAGCUCACCUGAUGACAUCCAAACCCCAUCUAACAAAGACUGGGAGAGGAUCUCCUCCCUGUUCAAGUUCAGCUCCAAAAAACAGUACUACAGCACCCUGCACUGCUGUGUUGAGAACCACGAGGAGUUGGACAGCGGGAAGGUGAGGAUGCAGUCAGUCAGGUCGACUGACUCAGCGACAGUCAACCCCCAAGUCCUGGAUUUCGUAGAUGAUGGCAGGAUGACGCUGUGA